AUGGAUCACAGAGGCCUUUAUUGUCCAGGCGAGUUGGACGUGUUGUAUCAGGAUCGGAAUAGAUCAGAGACAACUAUCUGUAUCCCAUCGCCCUCACCUGCAAAGCGAGGAUCAUCUUACUACCCGGCCGGCCCAAAGGUCCUUGAAGAGUCAAAUCUCGAUCCGUUCUACCUCGAAGAAUCACUGGCUGCCACGCCAUCUUGGAACCCUUACACAUCGGACAUGCGCAAUGAUAGCUUUGAAGACGAAAACCAAUACUACACUCUCUCCUUGACCCACAACAAGGACAUCCGCAACCCACUUCAAUACCCCGGACCAGAUCGCUCCACACUCGCACAGGUCGAGUUGGAGAACAGCUUGAGAUUCCAUCGAUACACUCCUUCCACGGAGGAACGCAGUCCGCUGCACAGCAGCCAAGUCUCGUUCAGCUCCGUUCAGACAGACAGCACCACUCCCGACUUGACGCCUAGCAGCUCUUUCUCUUCUUCGUACGACUCACCUAGCUGCCCCGACUCUGUCCUCGAGGCUACUCAGCAGCUCUACAAACACGCACAGCAGGUCCAGAUUGAGCCCCGCCGCCGCUUCUAUCUUCCUGCCUCUACACCACCCACAUACUCUCUUCCGCCUCCUCCUCCUCCCCCGCCGGUGGCUCCUCUCAACCCGGCUGAUAUUCGUCCUACUACACCUUGCUUCCAACACUCAAACGACUCCACUACCACCAUCACCAUGGGCUACGAGGACGCUACAGGAUCAUACUCCUCGCGGUCCCGCCGCAGGAAGCAGCCUCCUCCCGUUCUCAACUUGUCGCGCACCUCAAGCUCACCGAGCGCAUCUCGUCGCAAGCAAUCUAGCCCAGGAACCCGCCCUCCCCUGGACCCAUCCAUGAUCUCUCCUCCAUCUUUGAUCAAUCCAGUCACCAUGGAACCUCACAUGACUCACUUUGACCACCCUCUAUUCAUCCCCGCCAACGACUGCCCCAGUCCGGUUCCUAGCCCCGUGGCUAGCUCCCCACCCAUUUCCCGCCAGUGGACUGCCACCUCGAUGGAGCGGCCUUCUAUCUCUACUAUUGAUGCCUUCUGUGAGCAGUCCGUGUGGGAGUCCGACUCCGAUUCCGAGUCUACUGGCCGUAAAUCAAUGUCUCGUCGCCCCAUAGAUACCCUGCGCAAGGUUCGCAGCCGUGCUAAGCUCCGUGCCGCCAAGUCACAGCCUAGACUUCACCAGACCAUGCUUGAUGGACAGACCUUUGAGCAGUUCCCGUGCAUGCCAGAAGAUAACCUCGGAGAGCCGAUGCCCGAAGCUUUCCGUCCCAGUAUGGAUCGCCCUAGCACUAGCAAGGAUGCUGUCCGCUCAAACAAUGGCCUGCAAACAUUGCGCCUUGUUGCUCCUUCCUCCACCUCUCUUACUCGCCCUCCUCGUUCCCGCAAGAACAGCAGUAUCAACAGCUCCGACGUUGACCGCUCCGCAGCUGCGGCUUUCCAAGCCCAGUUCCGCCGCCGGCAACGCUCCGAGUCCCCCGAAUACACCAAUUCCAACUCUUCUCAUUCCGACAAGGGCGAGAAGGAGAAGUUGACCUCCUUCUGCUACGAUCAGUACUCCUCCGCUCCCAUCACCGGGCCUCGCGACCAAAGGCCUCUCUUCCAGCGGUUCAUGAACUCUCUCCGUUCAUUAAACUGCCAGAAGCCCCAAAAGUCUCACAAGAAGACCAAUGUUACCACCAUCUGA